CUGGGCUCAAGCAGUCUCCCCGUCUUGGCCUCUCAAAGCCACGGGGGUUAUAGGGAUGAGCCACCGUGCUGGGCCUUAAGUUAACGGAUUACAAUAGAGAAAGAACUGGAGUGUGUAGUUCGUUGAGCCUCCCGUUGGCCAGGCACAGCCACCUUGGUAAGUGUAUGUGUGUGUCCUCAUUGCCCUUCUGAUCCCGAGCUCCGAGGAAUGAGGCUGUCUUGGGAGUGCCGUGGUUCUAGCCUCGUGAUGGGUGAGUGACGCCGGCUGAUUGAGGUCACCCUGGCGAAUGCUGCAGCUGCUCGGGAGCCGGGGCAGGGACGAGAAAGCCGCUGAGGAUCCCUCUGUGGACCCCUGAAGGGAGAGGGGUCGAGAUGUGAACAUGGCAGCUGUUUUCUCCAGAGCCCUGUUUACUGAUGGCCAAACAGGGUGAAUCCUGAGAAGGUUUGGAUUUGGGUCUGAACUGGGCUCGCCUGGCUGUAGAACACAGGAGCUGGUGGCGAACUCAGGAAAUGAGGGCGUGAGGCGACUUGACGUGGAUGGCUCCGGGUCCCUCCAGCCACUGUCCUGAAGCCGUCGGAGCCUGAGGAUGUGUGGGAGUGAGCGUCUCUUUCCUGUCUGGCCAACACCCUCUGUGACCCGUGACUCAUGGCCCGGCCCUGGGCAGCAUUUAUGUUUGAGGUCUGUGGAUGGCUCCAGUUGUUCAGUAAAUUUGGUGAUUCUCAUUGGGGUGAUUGUGCCCCAGGGAAUGUUUGCGCCAUCCAGGGAGGUUUCUGGUUAGAACUGGGAGAAGGGAUGCUCCCAGCACCUGGGACUGGGGACAAGGGACGCUGCGAAAAGUCCCUCCAAGCACAGGGCGGGCUCCAUAGCAGGAGUCUGGCUCAGGACGUGGCCAUGUUGUGCUUCAGAAGCCCUGGGCGGAUCUGAUGUGGUGAAGUCGUCAUCGUCACUCGUGAUUUCCUUCUUGCCAGCAUUGAUGCUUAGCUGACGCCACAGCCCCUCAGAAUCUAUGCGGCGCUGACCUGCGACCGCAUCAAGCAGUCCGCCAGCGGAACCAAGCGGCGCGUGUUCAUCAAGACCAUGGGCGGCUACUGUGGCUACCUGGCCAACAUGGGGGGGAUCGCGGCCGGAGCCGAUGCCGCAUACAUUUUCGAAGAGCCCUUCGACAUUGAGGAUCUGCAGUCCAAUGUGGAGCACCUGACGGAGAAAAUAAAGACCACCAUCCAUAGGGGCCUUGUGCUCAGGGUGGGGCACCUUCUCCAUUUGAUAGAAACUUUGGAACCAAAAUCUCUGCCAGAGCUAUGGAGUGGAUCACUGCAAAACUCAAGGAGGCCCAGGGCAGAGGUAAGGGGUCCGGGGAGGGAGGCCAUCUGCCUUGGUGAAAAUGCUGUCCUAUCGGGGAGAAGUAGGCUGCUGGUUCCUUCUUCAGUUCAGUACCGAGCUGCGUGUGAUGUUCUAACUCCUGCUGGUCUCUGAGCAUUGCUAUUUAACCAAUCUUGGAUUCCUGGGUGUGCAUGACAUGUUCUCUUUUAUCACUGCUAGAUUCAACCUGAAGUUCUUUUGUGCAGGCUUUUUGCUCUGGAAAUCCUGAGCAUCAGCCCACAGUUUCCCUCACAGUUGAAGUGGGGCCUUCUAUUUUUUGGAUGUUUGGUAGGACAACCUCCUUGUGACUCCAUCCAUCAGAACUUCCAGUUUUGAGGAAGAUUUGGCUGCUGAAUGAAUUGUUCGUGUUUGUAGAACUAUGCAUGUUUUUCCUUAAAUCAGUUUUGUAACUUACAUAUUCUAACAAUCUUUAGAUAAGCUGAAAAGUUUUAGAAAACAUGACACAUUACUCUUGUUAAUGGUUCCAACAUGGCUGGUCCCUACUCAUUCCUGAGUGGUUAUUUGUGCCAGCAUCUUUCUCACCCCCACCCCCCUCAGCUUUCUUCAGUCAUACCAGACGUGUGCUUUUAUUAGGGCAAACCAUUAUCACUGCCAAUGUCCGAGUUAGAAGAAUGACAGUCUACAAAAAACAGUGAUGUGAAUAGUUUCAAUCGGUUUGUCUUUUUGAAGAACUGACUGAUUCUUUCUACAUCCAUUUUCUCUUGCUAAUUUAGCUACGGAUGCUUCUCAUGCCUCAGUGUGUGUAUAUGUGAGCAUCAAUUUCUUAUUAGUGUUUUGCCAUAAUUUAAGGUAAUUUCCUUAUUCCACUAUUUAGUGAAAAAUUCUCUCCACUGAGAGAAAAAACAAAAGCUGCUUUCCAGGAAGCCAUCAGGGUGAUCCCACAAGAGCAGAGCUGUGCAAGCCCAGGCCGGGCGCUGGCCACACUGCACAGCUGUUCUCAGCCUCCCCCAGGCUUCCAGGCCAGGUUCAGCACAGUGCCCAGGAAUCUCACCCCGUGAUUCUGCUCCCCCAGCUGCCCAUGGGACAGGGCAGUGUUAAU